AUUAGGAAACCGACCAAGUAUUAAGAUGAAACUUGUUGAGUACAAGAAGAUAGUGGAAUGCUUGGAGACUGCGUGCUGCGAUGGAACCAAGGAGUCACUGGUGCUUGUGCAGCAGCAAUUCCCAUCGCUGUCAUACCACACCCUCAUUAGCAUCCACUCGCAGCGGGUCCAGGUGAAAACUAAGAAGCAGCACGGCAGGCACAGCUCGGUGGCCGCCAUGGAGGCCUACUACGUCCGGUACCAGAAACAGGUCGCAGACCGCUCCUGCAGACAGGGAACGGUCCUGUUGGGACUUGCCCGCGAGAUCGACCUGAGCCCUGCCCUACUGGCCCGCAUCAUCCUGGAGCGGCACCUGUUCCACUCAUCCGGAGAUGGGGUGGCCGUGCCCAAGACCCGAGUGACCAAGAUGCUUAGGGAGCCCUACUUGAUCGAGGAUCCUGUGCUUUCAAUGGAGGUGCAGCAGUGCGUCCUGUGGGACUCCAGCUACGGCCCCCUGGUGGAUAGCAUCAAGCACUCCAUAGGGGUGGAACUAGAAGUGCAUCUCAAGAAGACGCUGAAGGAACAUGGCCUCGCAUUCCUCGGGGAAGAAGAGAUGAGGAGGAAAGGCUACGACAAGACGCCCGAUGUCAAGCUACAGGUCCCCAUAGCCAUUGGGGGACGUGUUGUCAAUUGGAUAGAGAGCAAAGCAUCCUUUGGCGACAAGCACAGCCACGAGAACUACAUGAGGGACCAGUUCUGGAGCUAUGUGAACCGCUUCGGCUCCGGUCUAGUCAUCUACUGGUUUGGAUUUAUUGAAGAGUUUGCCACAAGUUCAGAGCAGGGCAUCAUUUUAGCUGAUGACUUCCCCAGAAACUUCACAAAAAUUGAUUCAUGGGAUGGAGUGGACUAAAUAGAACUUAAUUUCUUCCAAAAUCAUACAGUGUUCAUAUGUUUCAGUUUUUUGCAUUGUAAAUUUCACACUGGAAAUAAGUUUAUUUAGGCUAGCGAAAAUGUUGCCGAGUUCUGCUGACUUCGCUGGGUAAACCUUGCGGAAAAACAGAACAAAAAAAAAAAAUUAUUUGAUUGGGACUCAAAGAAUGGUUUAAAAAAAUAUUGUAACACUGCUCUUUAUAGAGGCUGUGCAUGGUAGCCAUCUUUGUUAUGGAGAGAUAGCACAAGAGGUCCACUCACGUAUCCCUGUGGAACAAAAGCUGUUACCCGAAAAAUGGCUACCAUGCAUGUCAACAUGGAGGCACCUGCCAUUGUUCUUUUCAUUUACAAAACAGCGGAGCAUGUUGCUGAUGUUUAAAAGUAAGCACAUAAUCAUAUUGCAGACCUUGUUUUGAUACUUGGUACCACAUAUGUAUUACAUUGGUCCAUGUAUGCUCAAAAUGCAUAGGGAAUUGGGGUUCAAGCUAGGAAAAUUUAAACAGACGUCAAACUUUUAGCUAAAUGAACAGUUUUUGCAGCCAUGCACUGCUUUGUUAUACUGCAGUGCUAAAAAGAAUUUUUUUCUCACCAACUGCUCAGAAGUAUGAGCAAGAUUUAUAAAUGUUUGUAAAUAUAAACAUCUGGAACCGCAGGAGUGUUUACAGUAAAUUGUUGCAUUCUAAAGAAUAAUGCAAAUGGAACAAACAAGAAAAUCAAUAUCACUCUCACAAUUUCACAUGCAUUUCUUAUCCCCUUUUUAUUGUCCUGGGUGGCUUUUUAUGACACAUCUUUUUUUAAGAUGCCAGACUUAAAACACUUGUAAAAAUAGAAUCAAUUUUUCAUAGCAAUUCAUGAGAAUUUUCAUGAGAAAGUUAGCGAAAAUAUCCAUUUAUAAUCCUUCAACAUCCAUUGGUAGAUAUAAAUUGUUCUGUUUUAUUUUUACAAAAAAAAACAAAACCUGUCAACAUACAACAGGAAUAAUUGCUAGAUGUUCAUGAGAGCUACACAGAACGUAGAUUUAGAAACUGGACUGACUUUCCAGUCACUCAGAUUACGAAAAUCCUAAUUUCAAGAAUCUCGCUUGAUUUGCAGUAGAUUUUCUUUGCAUUUUUGUGGAACAUUUUUAUGCUUACGUUCAAAUUAAGGAAUUUGAAGCAAGAAAAACACAUUUUUAAAUAAUGAAAAAUCCACUUACACUAGAACUGACAUUGUGUUCGAGUCGUGGUGAAUGCUGUGGAAAAGUUUGAACAGUAACCUUGCUGUUUGUUUUUCCAAAGGAAAUGCACAAUUAUUGAAAAAUGAGUU